AUGUCAAAUAAAAAAUUUAAUCCAUUUCCAUAUAUUGAAUUAAUUCAUCGACAAUUUCAAUUAUUGGGUAAUAAAAAACGUAGUCAAAAUCAAACGGCAUAUCUUAAAAAUAUAUUAAAAUUUCAUGGUUUAUCAACUGGUGAUAGUCGAAAAUAUUUUCUUCAAUUUCAUAAUGAAAAAUUAAUUGAAUUAUCAUUAAUAAAUAAAUUACAAUUAGGUUUUGAAUUAUUAAAAUCUGAUUAUGGUGAAGAAAAAGUAAGUGGUAUACAACUUAUAUCAUUAUAUUGUAAAAUAAAAUAUAUUUCAAUUAAUGAUGAAAAAAAUACAAUUCAUCCAUUAUUUAUAUUAAAAAAUAUACAAAAAUUAUUUGAAUUAGAUUUUUUACAUGAUUGGGCAACUGUUGAUUUAUUAAGUAGUCAUAUAAAUAAAAAAUUAAUAUUAAUUUAUCCAGAUGAAUGUAUAAAAUUUAUUGAACAAUGGAAAUAUUUAAAUCAAAUACCAUGGAUACAACGUUCAAGUUGUGUAAGUUGUCUUAUAUUAACAAAAAAUUCAAAAAUAAAAUAUAUUGAUAAUAUUUAUUCAAUUAUUGAUCAUUGUAUUUUAAAUAAAUAUCGAUUUGUUCAAUUAGGUGUUGGAUGGUUAUUAAGAGAAUUAACAAUUAAUUAUAGAGAACGAACAAUAGAUUAUAUUGAAAAAAAUUAUCAUCAUUUAAUUCGUGAAGGUUUAAGAUAUGCAUUAGAAAAAUUAGAUAAAGAUGAACGAAAUCGUUUAAUGAAAUUUCAAAAAACUGACGAUAAUCAAGAUGUAUUAGAUAAAAAAAAACGUAAAUUAAAUGAAUUAAAAGAAAAUGAUGAUGUUGAUGAUGAUGAUGAUAGUAAAGUCAAUCGAAAGAAAAAAAGAGUAGUUAAAAAGUAG